UUAAAGUGAGGAAGUGUAGGUUACAUUUAGUUAAAGUGGGACAGGAUAGAGACGAAAUUUACAAACAAAAUUACUCAUUUAACGGUAGUUUUAAACGAUCGAGUUAGAGUGAAAAAGGUUUUUUCCAGUAUAGCGAAGUGGGACGUUUUCGCAGCGAUCGAAGCGAUCGACGUUGGGACGGCCCAGCGCCAUAUUUGGCGUCGCGCGGCGCCUUAUAAGGCGUCCAGCGUCCUUAGAUGGUUCGUAUGGUGGUCCGGUAGAUCGGUAGAUCCCUCCUUCGAGGCGACGAGCGGCCCGCGUUUGACCGAACAGGACGAAUCGGGAUGGGUUUUGGACCGUCGCGUGGAAGUUUCGCGAUUUUAAACAGCGAUUCGGAUAAUAUGGAAAGUAAACUGAAGAAAUGGCGAACGAGACGAGACUUUCUGAAGCUCCUGCAGAGCAGAGAAUACAAAGCGGAGACCUCUCGAUAUCUGAACCACCACUCGCAAUUCACCGAUAGCUUGAUCAAACGCUUCGGCUUGGAACACGAACUCGAAGGGCACCAGGGCUGCGUUAAUUGCCUCGAAUGGACCCCGAACGGACAACACCUAGCAUCGGGAUCGGACGACACCAACGUGAUACUCUGGGACCCGUUUCGACACAAAAAACUAGAAGUCAUCCCUACGCAUCACAUAGGAAACAUAUUUUCUGUUAAAUUUAUAGGAACGAGCUGUAACGAAAUAGCCACAGCCUCGGGCGAUUGCCGCGUAAUGAUACAAUCCAUACAAACAGCCCUAGCGAAAGGCCUGCCGAUACUAGAAUGCAAUUGCCAUAUAAACAGAGUAAAACGAUUGGCCACCUCGCCGUCAGAGCCUACAUUGUUUUGGUCCGCUGCCGAAGACGGCCUCGUCAUCCAAUACGAUUUGAGGGAACCCCACGAAUGCUCCCCCUCGCAAACUAAAGUCUUGAUCGAUUUGUGCUACAAUUUCGGAGAGGUUAAAUGCAUCGCCAUCAAUCCCACGAAGCCCCAUUACAUGGCCGUCGGGGCCAACGAUUGCUUCGUGCGAUUGUACGAUCGAAGGAUGCUCAAACCGUACGUGUCUCGACAGAAAAGAGGUCCCUUGCAUCUGCUCAGCGAUCGGUUGGAUUCGAAGCCUAGCCCGGGGGAUUCGAAUUGCUGCCAAUACUACUCGCCGGGGCAUCUGGCGGUGGAGAAUUCCCAAUCGAAUAGCUUCAAAUUGGCCGUUACCAACGUGUCUUUCGACGCCACGGGCUCCGAGAUGCUUGCUAACGUAGGAGGAGAGCACAUUUACCUGUUCGACGUGAACAAAUCGAGGUAUAUCGAGGAGAUUAGAGCGCCGGCGGCGUCGCGACGCCCUCCGAGCGGCUCUAAAAGACGCGCCGGCGUGUGCUCGAAGUGCUGGACAGCGGAGAAGAACGGUUGUGUGAAUACGAGCAAAACGAAGUGGUUGUCAGAUGAUAAUUGCGUUUGUUUUUAUUUAGACAGGGCGUUCGAGUGCCUUCAAAGGAAAUGGCUGGGCGAUUUGUACAACGCCGCCCGCGAUUUUCUGCACGUGAUACGAACGUGGCCUAGCACCGUAUUAGCCUACGUGGGGCUCAUCGAGAGCCUGUUAGCCUUGAAUUGGGCCAAGGAGGCCCAACAAUGGUUGGAUUACUUCGAAACGUUGCCCAUCGUCUGCGACAAUCCCACUAUAAACUCGUUUCGAUUCAAAUUGGAGAAAUUGCUGGAGCAACCGGCGGUCGAGAAGGAGCCGAACGACGCCGAGGAGAACGAGCGGUUCCGAAGGAGGGUCGACGAAAUCGAGCAAAAGAAACGAUUGGAAUCGUUGGAUUUCGAGACGAGAUUCGUGGGACAUUGUAACAUAACGACGGACAUUAAAGAGGCCAAUUUCUUAGGCGCCGACGGCAAUUACAUUUGCGCCGGAUCCGACGACGGCAUCAUCUUCGUGUGGGAGAGAAAGAGAUGCGGAAUAGUGACGGCCGUGGUGGGAGACGUUUCCAUAGUGAAUUGCAUACAACCCCAUCCCAGCGCCUGCUUGAUCGCGUCGAGCGGCAUCGAUACGGGCGUGAAACUCUGGUCGCCCCUACCGGAACCGGACGACGAAUAUUUCGUGAAUCCCCGGGGAGUGUCUAACAUACCGGCGGUGGUUGAAGCGAAUCAACAUCGAAUGGCGAUGGAUCCGUUGGAAUCGAUGCUGAUCAAUAUGGGUUAUCGAUUAUCCGAUAUGCCGGUACCCAACGAAGUACCAUCCUGUCAAACUUCAUAAUCUAAUAUGAAUUAGAUUAGAAUGCUUUUUUAAUAUCGUCCAAUUUGGGAUGUAAUUAUUAUAUUAUUUUGUGUUUUUUUUUAAUACAAUUAUAUAUUUUAGUUUAUACACUGUUCUUUAUUCGCGAUUGCAACAUGGGCAUUUCUAUGAGUUGAACAAAGAAAG